UAGCCGAGGGACCUUCGCCCCCGCCCACUCGCCUUCGAUUAUGUAACCCGGGCGCCCCUUCCCGGGCCCCGCCCACGGACCAAUGGGGGCCCUCAGUGCCGGAGGCGCUGGCCAAUCGUGCGGUUAGGGGGCGGAGCCCAGUCACGUGGCACGCGGGGGGCGCGGCGCCCGUGGCCGCCCGCACGCGGCGGGCCUCGAGACUCCGGGGCCCCGCGGGGCUGGGCGAGCGACUGUGUGAGGGGCCGAAGGGCGGCGACGGAGGCAGCGGAGGCGGCGGCGACGACGGCGACGGCGGGCCGGACCUCCCGUGAGUGAAGAUCUCCAAAAUUGUAUGGAAACGCUAGAGAGGAAAGUGCCUGCAGAUGAGCAGAGAUCAGUAAUCGCCGGUUUCUGAGGACUGAUUGUUACCUCGCAUGCAAUGGCACGGGUCAGAGUGAGGAGUACAUUUGUGUCGCUGGUUGCAAAGUAAGAAAAGAAGCAGGCAGCAGAUCAGGACUGCCAAGCAAAACAUGGACGCUUGCGAGGAUCUAAAAAUGCCCAGCGGUAAAUCGGACUCCCCGGGGGCUGAACCUGAUGAACUUGAAGGACCACAGGCCAGCGGCCCCGGGGCCCUGGGGCAAGAAGCUGAUGGGCUGUGGAGCCAGAAAUACCAACUGAAGAGCAAAUACCUGGAGAGCAGCAACAGUGAACCGCGAGAUCGAAACAGAGUUUCUGAAGAGCUGAUCACGGUUGUCCAGGAAAUGAAAAAAUACUUCCCGUCGGAGAGACACAGCAAACCCAGCACCCUCGAUGCCCUCAACUACGCCCUCCGCUGUGUGCAGAGCGUCCAAGCCAGCAGUGAGUUCUUCCAGGUCCUCAGCCCGAGCGGAGCGCCCCAAGCAGAGGUGACCAUGUGCAGUCUCGAGGAGCUGGCCACCAUUGCCUCAGAGCACACUUCUAAGAACACAGAUACCUUUGUGGCGGUUUUUUCGUUUCUGUCUGGAAGGCUAGUGCACAUUUCCGAGCAAGCAACUUCGAUCCUGAACUGUAAGAAAGAGUCCCUGGAGUCCUCUCACUUUGUCGAACUGCUUGCUCCCGCAGACGUGCGGGUGUUCUACACCCACACCGCGCACACGCAGCUUCCCUUCUGGAACGACUGGACCCAAACAGCGUCGCAGUAUGACUGUGCUCCGGUGAAGUCCUUCUUCUGCCGGAUCCGCGGAGGCGAGAGCAGCGAGCAGGAGAGGCGGUACCACCCCUUCCGGAUCAUUCCCUACUUGAUCCACGUGCACAGCCCCGCGCAGCCGGAGCCGGAGCCCUGCUGCCUCACGCUGGCAGAGAAGAUUCACUCUGGUUACGAAGCGCCUCGAAUCCCAGUGGAUAAGAGAAUUUUUACCACAACACACACUCCGGGGUGUGUUUUUCUUGAGAUAGAUGAACGAGCCGUGCCUCUGCUGGGAUACCUGCCUCAGGACCUGGUCGGGACGUCCAUCCUCACGCACCUGCACCCGGAGGACCGUGCCCUGAUGGUCGCCGUCCACCAGAAAGUGCUGAAGUACGCGGGCCACCCUCCCUUUGAACACGCGCCCGUCAGAUUCUGUGCCCAGAACGGCGACUACGUCAUCCUGGACUCCAGCUGGUCCAGCUUUGUGAACCCGUGGAGCCGGAAGGUCUCGUUCAUCAUGGGCCGGCACAAAGUCCGAACGAGUCCGUUGAAUGAGGACGUGUUUGCUGCCAGAACGAAAAAGACGAACAGCGAUGACAAGGACAUAACAGAAUUACAAGAACAAAUUCACAAACUUCUGUUACAGCCAGUGCACGCCAGCGCGUCCAGCGGCUACGGCAGCCUGGGGAGCAGCGGGUCCCAGGAGCAGCACGUCAGCGUGGCCUCCUCCAGCGAGUCCAGCGGGCCCUGCGGGGAGGACGCCCCGAAGGAGCCGUUGACUUUGCAGCAGGUCUACGCCAGUGUAAACAAAAUUAAAAAUCUGGGUCAGCAGCUGUACAUCGAGUCAAGGACCAAACCACCCAACAAGCAAGCACUGCGGACGCGCCCAGGACAGCCCGGCGGCGCGCAGAAGGCCUCUCCCGCCCCCCAGACGCUGAAGAACAACAGCACGAACACGGAGCCCUGUGAGGGCUUGGGAAGGGGGCAGCACAGCCCGUCCUACCAGCAGAUCAACUGCAUCGACAGUGUCAUCAGGUACCUGAAGAGCUACAACAUCCCGGCCCUGAAGAGGAAGUGCAUAUCCUGCACGAACACGACAUCGUCCUCGGAGGAAGACAGGCAGCAGCACGGGGCAGGCGACGCCCAGGCUUUGCAAGCCGUUGCCCAGCUCCCGGCCACAGCCCCGUCGGAAGUGCCCGCUCACGGACGGCCCGCCGACGCCGAGGGGGGCGCCCCCCGGAGCCUGCCCACCGCGGCGCUGAGCCUGGGCUCCGGCAUCAGCCAGUGCAGUUACAGCAGCACCAUGGUGCACGUGCCCCCGCCGGAGCCAGCAGAAUCGACCCCAGCCGAGGACGCCGGCGCCGCCUGUGAGCCCGGGGCGCCCCCCGCACCAGCGCCCCCGCUGACCGCGGAGGACGUCAGGCGCGUGGGGCUCACGAAGGCCGUCCUGUCGGCCCACACGCAGAAGGAGGAGCAGAACUACGUGGACAGGUUCCGGGAGAAGAUCCUGUCGUCCCCCUACAGCUCCUACCUCCAGCAGGAAGGCAGAGGCAAGGCUAAAGAGUCCUACGUUCAGGGAGACCCAGCCUCCAGGCAGACCCGGCCGGCCGGCUGCAAGAAGGGCAAGCACAGGCGUAAGAAGCUGCGAGAGCCGCUGGACGGCCAGUGCACUAAGGACACCUUCUGUGCCCCCGUCAGCACGGACGCCCAGAACCCGCUGCCCUGGUGCUCGGCCCCCGCCUCUGCUCUCCACACGCCUGGCCUGUCGCUCCCGGCUGCGGUGGCAGCCCCCAGCCAGGCCCCGUACCUCAUCCCAGCGUUCCCCCUGCCCGCCGUGACCUCACUGGGAAGAGAGCACGCAGCCUCCGUGACGGCGCUGGACUGUCUGCCCAGGCUGCCUUUCCCAGCUGUCCCGUUGCCUUACGUGACCCUUUUCCUGCCUGACCCCGUGGCCUGUCAUCUGCUGGCACCAGCCUUCUCUCCGUGUCCACUCCCGGGAGCGGCGGGCCCUUCUGAACCCCCGCCCUCGGUGUCGGCGGCAGCGGCCCCGCACGCGGCUGCACCACCUCCGGUCGCUGACCAGAGGGCCGGGGAGCCCUGGGACAGCCAGAGCGACGAGCCCCCAUUUCCCAGCUCGAGGGGCAGCUCGCCGCUGCAGCUGGACCUGCUGCAGGAGGACCUGCCCGGGUCCUGCGCGUCUGCGGAGCAGCAGAGCGUCACAGACCACGGUGGCAGGGGGAGCCACCCUUCUACCGCGGGCGCCCUGCCCCUUCCCCGGGAGUCCGGACCCGGCUCUGCGGCGUCAGGGGCCAGCGAGAGCAGCGCGUGCUUCGCGAGCAGUGACCGUUCCUCCGACGUCACCCAGAAGGGGCCGCGGUCCCGGGACGUGCAGGCAGACGCGGCGUUCCCCUGCUCGGGGGACGAGUCCCUCUGGAGGAUGAUCAAGGGGACCCCCGAGGGCGUCCUCAUGACGUACCAGCUGCCCGAGAGGGUCGCAGAGGUCGUGCUGAGAGAAGACCUGGAGAAGCUGGAGGGCAUGAGGCAGCGGCAGCCGCAGUUCUCCCCCGGACAGAGGGAGGAGCUGGCCCGGGUGCACUCCUGGAUCCAGAGCCAGACCCUCCCUCAGGAGAUGGACACCCAGGGCUGUGUCACCUGCAGAAGCAAAGAUUUGGUCGCUGGUGCUGUAGGACCCCGUGGGGAGGACCCAGCAGAAGACAGCAGUUGAGUGGCCGUGGGGGGGCCGACGGCACUGCCCCCGCGGGACCUGCAGCGCGCGGGGCCUCUCCGAGCCUCUCCGAGCCUCCCCGUCCGCCCCCGGCUCGCAAACGGCCGGGACCUUACCGUCGAAUGUUAAGGUCUUUCCUUCCUGACUUUUUCAUAGACGUCGUUUUUCCGAAGCAGACUUUGUAUAUAGUCUUUUUUUUUCCCUGUUCCUGAUGUAUUAAAACUGUCAGUAGGCUUUUUUCCUAGUUUAGCUGUCUUCUAAAGAGAUUGGAUGGACUUGAAGAAGGUAUGUGUACAGCGAAACUUUAUUUCACGUGUCACCCAAAACACACUCUCGUGAGAAAAAGAGC